AUGUCAGGAGCUGGAGAGGCCAGUUUGAUCAUUGGCGUUCUUCCACUAUUGGUGUCCGCCGCGGAAAAUUAUCGGAAGUUGUGCCUCCGCCCUUGCCAGCGAUACCGCUGUUUCUCGACCGAGGCUUCUCAUUAUGUCUUGCGAGUCAAUAACCAAGAUCUAAUUUUUCGUACACAAUGUAUACGGCUACUCUCAGAGUUCGUUUCCCACUCAGAUGCCACACAGAUGAUGGAGCGCAAAGAAUCCAAUGAUCAGCCAAUUUCUGACCAUUUAUUGAAGUCACAUGGUAUGAAUCCUACGGAUGAAACACUGAAUCAGUGCAUGGAGACGGUCAAGCGAAUGCUGGAGAUUCUCCAGAACUUAUUACCCGAGCAUCGGAUGCUUGUGGACACACUCGAGGCAGAGAGCCAGCGCCACAGAACGGGCAAGAACUCUGCCCGCAAAGCGAGAAAAGCCAUAUCCAGAAAAGUGCAAUUCUCGUUUGCAGGAACACGUCUUCAGCAGAAUGUUGACAUUCUGACGGCUCUCAAUGUCGAGUUCAUGAGACUAAUAGACUGUCGGCAUACUGUGCAAAGUUGUGAAUUGCCAGCUUUUGAUCUAAUUACUCGUCGCGACCUUCGACAUGAUCGCGAAGUCGGCGAAGCUUCUCACGGAUUGUACACUGCUCUAUCACAAGCUUGUAGUGAGCACGACUGGCAUCAUGCACUUUUGUGCGUUGAGGAGGCACAUCUGAUUAGUAGUGAAGCACUUGAGAGACAUCUUCAGUUCAAGCUGGCAUUUUCAGGAGCGUCGAAGCAUUCGAAAAUGUACCGAUUUGCAGUCAAAACCAUUCUAAAUACCUUAGAGAAUGACUGUAGCAGCCAAAAAAGGACUCUGACACCAGAGAAGAAGACGAUUCCUUCAUGCGAUGAGGGCAGAGCCCGGAAGCGGGUCAGAUUAUUUGUACCAUUUCGAGGGCCCAAAAAGCACAAUGACGAAAUAUCCGCGGCUACUGUGUCAACUCCUGAGGAUCCAAUACAGGGCGAUUUUUGCAAAUACUUAAUCCGAUCUUGUGACUGUACGCCCGAAGUCAUUCCAUCUAUCGGUAUACUUUACAACAGCACCGAGCGGAAGGAUCUUGUGUACCCGGAGAAAGGAACCUCGGAUACUGAUAUCCAUUGUGUCGUCUCGUUGAGCAGGCUUAUCUCGCUGCAGAAAGAAACACUACGGCUCUUCUCCAUUUACCAGCGUAUACGUCUUUCAAAGAUGAUAUCAAUCGCUUUUCUUCGCUAUUUCUCAUCGCCAUGGGCCAAAGCUUGUUUGGAGAGCAGUAAGAUCAAUUUCUUCGAUAACAUUGAGCAGCAAACCAUGGAGCCCAUUCGUGUAACGGCACCUCAUCUUAGCGCCGAGGUCUGCAAGUCGGAAAUAACCGAUUCGCCUUCCCUCCUAGAUUCCCAGAAGAUUUCCAUACACCGUCUGGGGACCCUCUUCUUACAAAUCGCCUAUUGUUCUGACGUCCAAGAUCUGAAGCGGCGAUAUCUUGACGAUACUAGCGGAGGGAAUGACCUUUUGACCGACGAGCAAGCAAAGCGGCUAUCAGAGUUGAGAUCUUCGGGCAUGCCUGUGCCUUAUCAUAGGAUUAUCAAGAAACUAAUGGGAUGGGAAAACUACCAUGGAGGCAAAUUUCUGGAUGAUGCAUCACAGACUGCCUUUCAUUCGGAGGUCCUCGAAGUACUAGAGAAGCUAGAGCGUAGACUGCGAGAUACAGGUCUCGAUGUUUAA